CGGAGAUGUUUUAGAACUCGGGUUCGACGUCCGAUGUGUCUAAAUAUAGAAAAAGGAAUUCCAUUUGUUUCAAACAAGCUAAAAUAAAGUAAUAAGCAAAUGGAGGAUGCUGAUCGCAGAGCGCUACAGCUGAAUCGAACGUUCCUUGUGAAGAACAUAGCUAAUCCCGAUGACGUCGCUGAUGGACUGUUCACCUUUGAAAUCUUCACUGAAGGAAUGAAAGAUGAAGUGGAGGUGGAAAAAAUUAAAGAGAAGAAGAUGAGAAAACUGUUAGAUAUUUUGCCAAGGCGGGGUCCACAGGCAUUUAAAUUAUUCCUGAAAGUGUUAAUGGAUACACAUAAUGAUCAUGUUGUCAAGCAACUGACAUCUGGCUCAUCCACCACGUAUACACCUCCUUACCACCAACAGGACGAGGAGGAGGAUCUACCACAAACAUGGCCUGAUCCAACGAGUUUAGAGGGAAAAUUGACAGUAAAAUUAUGUUCAAGUCAUAACACAAGAUUCCAAAAUGGCAGGUACUACAAAAUGGGUCGCAAUCCACGAGGCAGGGUUCUAGUCAUCAACAACAAAAUCUUCUUUGGUCCCCUGGAGGAAGAUGAAAGUGGCAAGAGAAGGGUGACCCUGGCAACACGAGAAGGAACGGAGCAGGACGAACGGAAAAUUUUCGAAGUCUUUGAACAGAUGAACUUCAUAGUGGAUGUGUACAAUGAUAAGAAAGGAGAGGACAUCAAAGACAUACUAAGACAGGAGGUAAAGAAAGAUUUCCACCGCACAGCAGACUGUUUCGUUUUGGUGAUCAUGACUCAUGGAACAAGUGGGUCUAUUUAUGGAACGGACGGCAAAACAGUAUCAAUCGAAGAAAUCAAAAAACAGUUCAAUGGCGAAAACUUCCCAGCCAUGGCCGACAAACCCAAAGUCCUACUGAUACAGGCUUGUAGAGGAGAUGAAAGAGAUGAAGGAGUAAGGGAGAGUACUCACAUUAACCAGGAAAUAAAGAAAGCAGAGGAGAUGGUGAAAGACCUGACUUUGAACUCGGAAACGGAUUCUCAUACCGAGAUAGUCACACCCACAAUGAGUCACAUGGUGGUUGCCACGGCAUCAACAUUAGGAAUGGUUUCCUUCAGGAACAAGAUGUAUGGUUCGUGGUUUCUUCAGGCUGUUGCUUUCAUAUUUGCUAGAUAUUCUUAUAAAGAUGAUAUUCUACAGAUGCUUACAAAGGUAAAUGAACUUGUGUCUCGAGGCAGGGCAAAGGACAGUAGCCAAAAGAAAGAAUUUGUGGCAAUUUCUGAAUUCAGCUCAACCCUCUCAAAAAGUCUUUACUUCUGUCCUGGUCUUGUGUCGGAGGAAAUUCAACAGAACAGAAUUCAACAAGCCUCCAGCUGACAGUGACUCUUUUACAAGCUUCCAGCUGAAAGUGUCUCUUCAACAAGCGCUAACGUGACAGUGAUUACUUCCUGUACUUUGUGUUAUGCAGAUUAUGAAAAAAUAAUACGCCAGUUUCGAGAUACGAAAUCUUCUGUAUAGGAGGUGCAUUUAGUGGAACUUGGAAUGCCUAAGUGGGACAGAGUGGACCUACAGCCAAUGAGGAAGACGAUGAAAUGUAUUAAAAGCGGUUUCUCUUUAAAUAUGUAAAUGUAGGAAAUUAAAUACAAAUAGUAUCGAAAGAAAUGUUUUACCGAAAUGGAAACAUACAAACAAUGUCAUAUUUGCAAGAAAUAUCUUAGAUAUGGUAGAUCUACUUAUGAUCAAUAAAAUAACGUGAUAGGAUAAGAAUUCUAUGUAUUUAAUUACUUAUCACUUACCGCUACUUAGUUUGUGUAUUAUUUGAAUUCGGGUGAUGAAACAUCGUAUGAGAAACUUACUGAGUACAUUCACUUGCGCAGUGACGAAUAUUUGUCCCACUCCCGCGUGUAAACAAAUUCUUUCGCGCCUUACUAUGCACGAGAGUUCUCCAAAGGGAAAUAACUCAGACGUAUCUCGAAACCAGCGUAUUAUGCAUGACAAACAACAUUAUUUGGUGGUGUUGAAAUUCAAAUGAAAAAUUAGUAUAAAAAUAGUAUCCAAAGAGUGGAUUUGUUGCAUUUAACAAAUUAAUGAUUAGCGCACUUGAUUUCAGAUGUAAUGAUCUCUACAUACAUGUAUGCCAUGAUUCAUUUGAUUUGAACAGAGAUGAAUGAAUAUGAAUAAUUCAAUGACUUUCUCACUAAAACCAUUUUGGAUCAUAUAAAUUUCUCAGGCCACUGAUGACCAUCA